AAUCCUUGUUCAGGGCCCCCGAUCACCUGCCUUCAUCUACUAUAUUACCCCCUCCUUUUCUCCUUAUCCCUCCAGGGUUUAAGCAAAAAGCACCAAACGCCUACAUUCUCUAAGCUUUAAACAACACAUUCCCUAAUCAUUUUCCUCCCAUAAUGACGCCGGCCGCCACCGCGUUACACUUGCCUAGUUCCGGUAUGCUCACUCUUAGUGGUCAGAAACCCGUGUGUAAUUAUACCACGUCUUCUUCGAGUUCCCAUCGUUACACUUUGAGCUCUGGUUACCGGUUUCGUAUUACAGCUCUUCCAGACAGAGCAUGUGUUGUGUUUAAGGAGAGUCUAAGUGGGUUUCAUUUGGCCUGGUUAGCUCGUAUCUCUUCUACUUCAUCUGAUCAUAAGGGGUUUUUGAUUUCUGCAAAGAAAAGUACUGAAGGCCACGGUGGUUGUGACGCUGAUACAUGGUUGUCGGCUUUGGAGGUGAAGCCCACGGGAUUGGAUAAUUCUCCGGCGCCGGUUCUCACCGGAGAUCCAGAUUUGUUGAAAAUUCCAGGAGUAGGACCCAAAAACUUGACGAAGCUGGUGGAGAAUGAUAUUACUAGUGUUACUGAUCUCAAGAAACUCUACAAGGACAAGUUUUUUGGGAAAUCGGAUCAAAAGAUGAUUGAGUUUCUACAAUCCUCUGUUGGCAUUAAAUAUAGAAACCACGCCAAGAGUAUAGCCAGCUUCAUCAGAAAGAGCGUAAGUAAAGAAAUGAAAGAUGGUGGUGCCAAGUCUGAAAUUGCGAUCAGCGUAAGUAAAGAAACGAAAGAUGGUGGUGCCAAUUCUGAAAUUGCGAUUCCAAUUCCAGAUGCAGCCCCAAAGAAAAAGGUUAAAGAAGCUCGCCGCAAGUGACUAAUUGAAUCAUUAUAAGAUGCUACGUACACAUGGUUUUGGUUGUUAUAUAUAAUAAUAUUUUAUAUAUUAUAUUAUCAAACCUCCUCGUGUAAGCUACUACUUGACGCGGAUAGUAGUGAACAUGCAGGGUUGGAUUUGGAAUAUAGUAUUUGCUUGUAUGAUAUGGAAAUGCGAAUAAUAUUAGCUUUUAUGGUAUAUGACUAUAUGUAUCGUGAGUUCGUGACAGAUGUGGUGGAGUCUUAAAAAUGUAUAGAUAAUACUGAAGUUGGUGAUACAAAGUAUAUUUUGAUGUGGAAUAACCCUGAUUGCUUCAAAAGAGCUUACUUGAUG